AUGCACACAUCCUAUGGCAAAGCCUUUUCCGCAAGAGCACCAAAGCAAAUACUUUUCAUUAGCUUGUUGUGGAUCUGUGUUUGGAUUGUGGUGCUGGUGCAGGGCAAAGAGAGUCUUUUUACAAAGGUUCGGAAUCGGUUGUUGGGUGCUUCUAAUAUUCAUGAUGAAUUGCGAGUCGGAGAUGAUAACGAUGAAAUAAGACAAGAAACUAAUUUAUAUUUGCAACGAUUGUCAACAUUACUGAAGGAAAAUAUUUACAAUCCGGUUCAUAAGUCAGCUAUUGAAUUUUAUAUUCGGAAUUGGUAUAGGCAAUCAACCACGCCACUGGUGCUUUUUGCUACUGGGAGACCAGGUACAGGUAAAACAAAAACGUUUAAUUGUAUUUCAGAAGCGUUUUUUGGAUGCUCUCAACAACAACAAGGAAAACACAAAUGUUAUUUGCAAAUUAAUGGAAUGGAUUAUAGAAAUGAACAAAAUUUGACAGUAAUUGAGAGUGAUCUUUCGAAACAUGUCAUUGAUUUUAUUAACAAGCGCUACAAGACAUGCAACUUGAUCAUCAUUUUAACGGAAUAUCAACAAGUGGUGCAUUAUCCAAUAGCAUCUCUUAUUGUGUCCUUACAAAGUAGUAGAUCUGCAACACGCUUAAAACCUUUUGUAAAUUUAGGAAAUGUCAUGUUUUUACUCUCCGGAAAUAAGGCAUAUGAAGGUAGCGUGCCUGACGAAAGUCUAAUGAAAAUGUCAGAAUCUGGUGAAGUGUCUCAAGUACAAAGUAGCAAUACAAUGAAGAGUCGUCCCAAAACAUCUGAAAUUGACAGGAGAAUUGAGAAUGAUGUUCAAUAUAUUAAUGAAAUUAAUCCUCUCUCUCCAUUUGAUCAGAAGCUCACUGGAUUAACUACAGAAAUCAAGAAUACAUAUCUACAAAAAGCUCGUUCUCUAUUUACAUUACAGAAUACUGCAGUAUUUACAUUCAAGCUUAAAUCGGAACAAUUACAAGAGGUUAUGAAGCUGAAAAUACGUGAAUAUAUUUACAUGAUCCAUAACCUGAAUUCAAAUAUUAUUAUUGACAUGGACAUUACUGAGGCUUCCAGGUUGUUGUUGAACCAUCUAAUUCAAACAUCUAAAUGCUUCUAUUCUAGACCUGGAGGAGCAAUUCAACAUUACAUGCAGUCAUGGUUUAAGAGUAUUGUGAUGAAUAGCAAUGAAGAUGGUUUAUUGUUAUCGACACACGAUAUUCUAACCAAUUCACACACAAUCACCUUAGCCUCAUACAAGUUUUCACAAAUUGAAAACUUGAAAUGUGAAUUUAAAGAACAGAGUAUAUUGGCGAAAAUGCUAAAUAUUUAUAACAAUAACAAGCAAUUUUCCAGAUAUAUUCAAAGCUCCAAGAAUAUUCAGAUUGAAUGCAAGUUAAAAAAGAUUGACAAUGUUGAAAUUGUUUACCUUCGUCCAUCAGGUACCUUAGUUAAAUUGGUAAAUUGGGUGACCCGUACGCAAUAUUUCAAGUUUCCAGAAUCCACCAUUCAGCAGUACAAAUCAAAACAAAAAGAAAUAGACUUGGCCACGACGCCCAGACUUUGUUUUCCAACUGAAACAACCAAUUUAUAUGCAUCAGAUUUCAAGCAAGCCUCUGACCAUACGUACACACAAUUGUGUUAG